UCUCAUGUUGUAAUUAAAGAUACAGUUAUUCUUUUAUUUCAAAUUUAUACUAUCUUUGCAGCAUUUUUCUCUCUUUCUAAAAUUAAACACACGCAACGACACGAAAAUAUAUUAAUAAUUAAGUUUUUUUUGUUGAGUCGUCGAGGGAUCUCAAGCCUCUGCCCCCUUGAGGAGGCAGUUCAACGAGGCUGAUCCCUUUUGCUAAAUUGAGGACCCAAUUGGGUUUUUUUUUUCAAUCAGUGUUGAUUCUGUUCAGGAGGCAAAUUUCUGUGGAAAUCCUGUUAGCAAAAUUGGGGAUCCAACAAUUUGUUCUCUUUCCAAACUAGGUUCUUUAUUCAAAUCUUUAGAGAGAAAAUAAAGAGGAGGGAUUCUUUGUUUUGUAUAUAAAUAAGGAGAAAUGGGGGUAAUGUCAAGAAGAGUUCUACCUGUCUGCGGCCGUCUCUGUUGCUUUUGCCCGUCGUUGAGGGCAAGUUCACGGCAACCUGUCAAAAGAUACAAGAAGCUCCUAGCUGGUGUCUUCCCAAAAUCUCAGGACGGGGAACCUAAUGAUAGGAUGAUUGGAAAGCUAUGUGACUACGCUUCAAAAAAUCCUAUGAGGAUACCAAAGAUCACAAAGUACCUAGAGGAGCGAUGUUAUAAGGAGUUACGUAUUGAGCACUUCAAUCGGGCAAAGGUUAUACCAUGUGUCUACAUGAAAUUAUUAGCUUCAUGUAAGGAGCAGAUGCCAUUGUUUGCUCCUAGUUUAUUGAGUAUUGUAAGAACUCUUCUCGAUCAAUCACGACAAGAUGAUAUGCGUAUUCUGGGUUGUCUUGUCCUUGUCGAGUUUCUUAAUAGCCAGGUUGAUGGCACGUACAUGUUCAACUUAGAAGGUCUCAUACCGAAACUUUGUCAACUUGGCCAAGAAGCAGGAGGUGGUGAUAGUGGACCCCGUUUGCGAUCAGCAGCAAUGCAAGCUCUAGCUUCCAUGGUGCAUUUCAUGGGUGACUUCUCUCAUAUCUCUAUGGAAUUAGAUGAGAUAAUCUCUGUGGCCUUGGAUAAUUAUGACGUUCAUCAAAUGUUCACAGAGAAUAGAAAGCACAAUGCACAACCGAAUCAGGUUCAGAGUCAGAAGGAUAGCCCUGUUUCAGCCAUACAGACCUCAUUUAAGAAGAUUUCAUCCUUGCAGACUAAUAAAGUAGAAUUCGUCGCCACAGGGGAUACUUCCAAAAACCCAACCUAUUGGUCAAGAGUUUGCCUGAGGAAUAUGGCCAAACUUGCAAAAGAGGCAACUACUAUGAGGCGUGUUUUCGAACCUUUAUUUCGCAACUUUGACAAUGGGAAUUUUUGGUCUCCUGAGAAGGAAAUUGCUUACGCUAUUUUGUCUGAGAUGCAGGUCUUAAUGGAGAACUCAGAACAAAAUAGCCAUUUGUUGCUAUCUCUUGUCAUCAAGCACUUGGAUCACAAGAAUGUUUCCAAGCAGCCUGACGUGCAGAUUGACAUUAUUCUUGUAGCAAUACAGCUUGCUCGGGACGCUAAGUUGCAAGCUUCACUAGCUAUAGUCACAGCGAUCAGUGAUUUGAUAAGGCACUUGCGGAAAUGCUUACAAUGUUCCAUUGAAGCAUCAAGCCCAGGCAGCAACAUCAAUAAGUGGAACUCUGCCCUUCAUUCUGCCCUAGAAGAAUGCCUCCUCGAACUGGCAAAUAAGAUAGGUGAUGUUGGACCUAUUCUUGAUAUGAUGGCUGUUGUGCUAGAGAAUAUUUCUUCUAAUGCUAUUGUAGCCAGAACGACUACUUCCUCUGUCUUACGUGCUGCACAAAUAACAGCUCAUAUCCCUAACCUGUCACAUCACAAGAAGGCUUUCCCAGAAGGUUUAUUUCACCAACUCCUUUUAGCUAUGGCACACCCGGAUCGUGAGACAAGAAUUGGGUCUCAUCGCAUUUUUUCUGCUAUUCUUUUGCCCUCAAUAGUUUGUCCGUGGUCAGUUUCUCUUGUUCCAAGUCCAUCGAAAGGAUAUGCUGCACAAGAAACACUUUUGGUAGCUCUCUCAGGUUUCUCUUCUUCCAUUAUGUUGGAAAAAAUGCAAAAGGAGGUUAGUUAUUUGACAAAUGGUUCUGUAAGAGAAAUGGAAGAAGAUAAUCGACCUGCUGAGGUAAAACUGCAUAAAGUUUACCCAUCCCGCAAUGUGUCCUCUACAACUGCUGCAGAAUCUGGAAAAGGAGAGUUCGGAACAAUGAGAUUGAGUAGCCAUCAAGUGAGUCUAUUGCUUUCAUCAAUUUGGACUCAGGCAACAUCACAAGAGAAUAGUUCCACAAAUUAUGAGGCAAUUGCACAUACAUACAACAUUGCUUUAUUGUUUUCUCGAACCAAAACCUCUAGCCAUGUGGCCCUUGCCCGCUGUUUUCAGCUGGCAUUUUCCUUGAGAAGCAUCUCGUGCAACCAUGAAAGUUGCUUGCCGCCAUCCCGAAGGAGGUCCCUGUACACCCUGGCAUGUUCAAUGCUUGUAUUUGCAGCAAAGGCUGCAGACCUUCCACAGUUAAUUUCAUCUAUUAAAGCAGAGAUGACAGAGAAAAUGGUUGAUCCUUCUCUUCGUCUGGUAGAAGACAGUAUGCUUCAGGCUAUGAAUGCAUCCUCUCCUAGUGAAAAACCAAUUAAUGGAUAUAAUGAAGAUGAUUUUACAACAUCAGAGUUUCUCAAAGAAAACGAUAAUGUUGACGACCACAUAAAAGAGCUGAUGAUAUCCCAUUUAAUACAAAAAUUUGAAAAACUGUCGGAUAAAGAGUUGAUGAGCAUAAAAGAACAGCUUCUGCAGGAAUUUUCACCUGAUGAUGCCCUCCCCUUUGGAGCCCCAUUGUUCUGGGAGACGCCAAAUUCAUGUUCCCCCCUUGCUCACAAAGAAUGCCUAUAUUUUGAUGAGGCCAUAGAUCUUUUCUUGGACGAUGAAGAUGAAUAUCCUGAAGCAUGUGGAAGUCAGUCGGACCGAAAGAUGUCUGAAUCAACAAACUCAAUUGACGUUCUAAAUGUCAAUCAAUUGAUAGAAUCGGUUAUUGAGAGUGCUCAGCAGGUCGCAAUUGUACCGGCUUCUACCACUCCUGUGCCCUAUGACCAGAUGAAGAGCCAGUGCGAGGCACUUGUUAUAGGGAAACAGCAGAAAAUGUCGGUGCUGCUCGGCCUCAAGGAUCAACAAGAAGCUGUGGAAAAUGCAAUUCUUGAAGAUGAAAACAACGCCGCGAGUCCGCCUAAGACACUUCAAUUCCUCAAGGGCGUACGGAAAACCACUGCUGAGCCUUUGAAACGAACGGAUUCAAUGUCCAGUGAGUCAGAGAAAUCCUUCAGGCUCCCACCUUCAAGCCCAUAUGACAAAUUCUUAAGAGCGGCAGGAUGCAACUAAUUACACAUUUAUUCCCUUACUUUUCUCUGAUUUUAAUUCUUUGACCUGCAUAGUGUGUGUUAUUGCUUUUACCACAUCAUA